AUGCUGGACUCGUCCCGCGACACGUUGAACGCUACGCGAGACUACGAGUACAGCAUCCAGGUGAACCGUUGGUUUCUGACACCGAUGGGCGCAUGGCCGCGUGUUACAGAGACCUCGAGAGCCCAGCAACUACUCGCGAAACUGUUGAGACUCACCUGUCAUUCUCUGAUGAUCUCCUCGAUCGUACCGUGCAUUCUGUUCAUCCUGUUCGAAGACACGAGCCUAGAGGAAAGGAUGAAGUCUAUCGGUCCUAUGAGUCACUUUCUGAUGGGUGAAUUGAAUUAUUGCUGCUUGUUGGCAAAGGCGAACGACAUCCUCUAUUGCGUGGAACAGGUGAAACAGGACUGGCGAAACGUUAAGAAACCCGUCCAUCGUGAUCUGAUGUUGAAGAACGCGAAACUUGGACGUUCGAUAGCUUGCAUCGCUGCGUUUUGCAUGCACACCGGUGUCGGCUCCGACGAAAUAGUCACAGGACUUCGUAUGAGCACGUUCUACGUGGGGAACGAGAGUUACUCGAUGUACCCGUUACCUUGCACGUUCUACACGAAGCUGAUGGACACCAGAUUCAGUCCGACGAACGAGAUAAUGUUCGUUCUACAGUGUCUCUCCGGGUUCAUCGUGAACUCCGUUACUGUGGGAGCCUGCGGUUUAGGCGCUGUUCUAGCGAUGCACGCGUGCGGACAGCUGAACGUGGUGAUGUCGAAAUUGGACGAUUUGGUGGACGCGAAAGGGCAGGAGGAGAGAGUCGCGCAGAGGAAGUUAGGUUUCAUCGUGGAGCAUCAUUUGCGUACAUUAAGUUUUAUACGGAAUAUAGAGAACGUUAUGAACCUAAUAUGCCUGGUUGAGUUGGUAGGAUGCACGUUGAACAUGUGCAUGCUCGAGUAUUAUUUACUCACGGAAAAGUCGAAGGAAAAAUUAGCUUCAUACGUCAUCGUGUACGUGUCCAUGACAUUUAAUAUAUUCAUAUUUUGUUACAUCGGAGAGACGCUUACAGAGCAGUGUACCAAAGUCGGAGAAAAAGUGUACAUGACCGAAUGGUACCGGUUACCUCAUAAAACUGCUCUCGGUUUGGUAAUGAUCAUCUCCAGGUCGAGCAUGGUGAUAAAAAUCACCGCUGGAAAAUUCCUACAAAUGUCUGUCGCAACAUUUGGCGAUGUAUUUAAGGCGUCUUUCGCCUACUUCAACAUGAUCCGCACAGUUGCAAUGUGAAAAACUACGCAUACUCGAAAAAAAUACCAUUUUGUACGAACUCCUAUUCUAGACU